CCUGUGCUUUCAGGGGAUACCUCGGAAAAAUAGUAUCCGGACGUCUCAUGUCACCCGCUUCAGGCCCUCUUCCCUCCCUCGGCCUCUCGGGUCGGCCGCGCUCACCUGAACCGGAGCGCUCCCGCAAACACGCUCCCGGGUCUGAGUGCACACAGUGUGAGCCUGAAACGAGAGCCACGGCCGCGACCAACUGAGGAUGCCAAGCCGCCAUAGUUACCCGCCCUCUCCCACAUCCCGCGAUACCCGUUGUAAUGCGCAGGCGCGAGGCCCGGAGCUAGGACCCGCCGGGCAGACCGGCCGGCCGGCCGGCCGGCACGUCUGCGUCUCGAGGAAGUCUCGCGGUGUUUGUAUUUGAACAAGCUGGCGGGUGCCGGCCAUGGCGGCGUCACUCCCGCGACCCGGGAGUCGGCUCUUCCGAACUUAUGGGGCUGCGGGCGGCGGGGCGCCGUGGCGGCGGCCGGGCCAGGCAGCCGUGCAGUGGUUCCCGCCGAAAGACCGGAAACGUUUCUUCAGCAGCAGCAGUAGCAGCGACGCCAGCGGGGGCGGCCGCUCGCAGUCCGCGGCCUCUGACGAUCCUGACGACCCCGACUUCCCCGGCAGCCCGGUGGGUCGGCCGCGGAGGCGCGCUGGCAACCGACUCCCCAAGGACCCGCCGAGUCUGAUCGCGACCCCGAGACGUCUGAGGCUGCGAGCGCGGUGCCGGCAGAAGUGCAGCACCCCCUGCGGGCCCUCUCGGACCCCGCCCUUCCCCGAAGGCAACCCGGGCCGCCUGAGCCCGGACCUCAGUGUGUGCAGCCAGACCAGGGACGACGGCGAGCUGGGCACCAGUGCCUCCCUGUUCAGCAUUCCGGCCUCUCCUGGCCCCGGCCCUGGGUCCCCAGCGCCAGGAUGCAGCAUCUGUACCAACUCCUCCGCCUCUCUGGAUGGAGUCUCUGAAGUUCUGAGCGGCUUCCCGCUCCCAGCAGCCUCCGUGGACCAGGCGUCUCUCCCCUGCUCCCAGGAGGCAGCGACAGCAGGAGGCAGGCUCACCAGGUUGGCCCACCAAGCCCAUGGCAGCCUCAGGUCAGCUCUCUUUAGCUUUUUGGGCUCAGGAAAUCCUGAGGAUUCUGAAUUUGGGGCAGAUGGGAAGAAUAUGAGGGAGUCCUGCUGUAAAAGGGAACUAGUGGGAAGGAGGCUGGAGAGCCCAGGUUUAUCAAGCAUGGGUAAGAAAAUGGCCACAGGCCAGGACUCUUGUCGAGAGACUGGGUCUCAAGGGGCUGUCCAGAUGGAAUAUGAGGAGACCCGUGGGUGCAGGGGAGGUGUUGUACCUGGGAAAAUCAACAGGCCUGAGAGAACUGGGCCAAGCAGGAAAAGGAAGCAUCAGGAGACAGCAGAUACCUCCCUCCUCCAUCACCAGCAGUUUAAAAAGGGCCAAAAGAUGGGAAAAGAUUCAUUUAUCACCCAGGACUUGACUCAUGUACAGAAUGCCUGCUCUUGGACCAAAGCCAGGGCUUCCUUCAGUUUCCACAAGAAGAAGAUCGUGACUGCUGUGUCAAAAUUGUGCAGCACCUCCACCAUUGCCAGUUCUCUCUCUGAGUCCUUCAUAUCAGAAUUUUCAAACCCUCCUGUCACGAACAGAACAAACAGUGCUCUGUCCCCUUGGCACUCCUCCUCCAUGUAUUUGCUAACCCCCUUAAAGAUACUACAUGUCACGGACAAAAAGGCAUCCGAUGCAGAAAAGGUUUACAGGGAAUGCAAUCAGGAGGGGCCUGUCCCCUUCAGCUAUUGCCUGUCCACAGAAAAACUGAAAUGCUGUGAGAAGAUUGGCGAAGGGGUGUUUGGCGAAGUGUUUCAAACAGUUGCUAAUCACACACCUGUAGCCCUAAAAAUCAUUGCUAUUGAGGGGCCGGAGUUAGUCAAUGGAGCUCAUCAAAAAACUUUUGAGGAAAUCCUGCCUGAGAUCAUCAUCUCCAAAGAGUUGAGCCUCUUGUCGAAUGAGGCACACAACCGCACAGAUGGCUUUAUUGGGCUGAACUCGGUGCACUGUGUUCAAGGGUCUUACCCUCCCUUGCUCCUCCAAGCCUGGGAUCGCUAUAACUCAGCCAAUGGGUCUGCGAAUGACCGGCCUGAAUUUUUUGAGGACAGCCAGCUGUUUAUUGUGCUGGAAUUUGAGUUUGGAGGGAUCGACUUAGAGCAGACGAGAACGAAGUUGCCCUCCAUCGCCACUGCAAAGAGCAUCCUACACCAGAUCACUGCGUCCCUCGCCGUGGCGGAGGCAUCCCUGCACUUUGAGCACUGAGACUUACACUGGGGGAACGUGCUUUUAAAGAAAACCAGCCUCAAAGAGCUCCAUUACACCCUCAACAGGCAGACGAGCGCCAUCCCUACCCGUGGGCUGCAAGUCAACAUCAUUGACUACACCCUGUCUCGCUUGGAGCGGGACGGGAUCGUGGUUUUCUGUGACAUUUCCACGGACGAGGACCUGUUUACGGGAGAAGGUGACUACCAGUUUGAGAUCUACAGGCUAAUGAGGAAGGAGAACAACAACUGCUGGGGCGAAUACCACCCCCAUAACAACGUGCUCUGGCUGCACUACCUCACAGAUAAGAUUCUGAAGCAGAUGACCUUCAAGUCCAAGUGCAACACCCCCGCCAUGAAGCAGGUGAGGAGAAAGAUCCAGCAUUUCCACAGAACCAUGCUGAACUUCAGCUCUGCCACGGACCUGCUCUGCCAGCACAGCCUGUUUAAGUAAGCAGGGGGCGCU